AUGCAAGAAGAAAUGAGGCGCCCAGAUGACAGCGACAUCAAAAGUCAGCGUACGCCGGUGUGCCUGCCCGCGGCCGAGCUGGCUGGCUCGCGGAUGUCGAAGGCCUUUUCACUUUUACAAUUGUUGUCAGAAGACUUAGCACACAAAGUGGCCGUGGCCGACGAAGCUUACAGGUUGUAUAAAAAUAUACAACUCGAGGCACAGGAUGAGGAGCGCGAUGAGGAGAGCUCCCUGUAUGAAUUCCUGAAGCGCGUACGCUUGAACUCUGCGCUGGACGCCCUACGCGAGGUGCGGUGCGCGGCGCGGUCAGCUCGUGCCCCCGUGCUCCACACGCCCCCCUCAUCACCUGCGCCUCGCUCAUCACCUGCGCCCAUCACCACCUACCGCUCGCCGCUAGACGACCAAAUACAGUUACAACUCCCGUCGCCCCCAGCCGCCCCCGACCACAGGCCUACCCCCUCCCACCAUCUCCCUCCCGCCGCCUCUCUCUGCAACAACGAUAAACCUUACUAUUGUAUA